GUUAAUUGGUUUCUGCAGCCCGGUAAUUAUCAGAGCACGGUGAAUCGGGUUGAUGAUGCGUACCAGGCCUGCAAUGACAUCAUCGCCUGCUUCCAGGACCGGGCUAAGAUCGAGCGACAGUACGCCCAGCAACUGACUGAGUGGACUGCCAAGUGGAGACCUCUAGUGGACGCAAGUCCUCUCUAUGGUUCUCUGUUGAAAGCUUGGCAGUGCUUCCUCUGCUCUGCUGACCGGCUCUCUCUCCUCCACUCCUCGAUUUGCCGCUCCCUGGUUUCCGAGGACGGGGAUCGGGUGCGCUCGUGGCAGAAGGAGAUGUUUCACCGGAAGAUUUUUGGCGGGUUUCGCGAGUCACAUGACCUGAGCUCUGGCUUUGCACGCGCUCAGAAGCCCUGGGCGAAGAAACUGAAGAAGUUGGAGAAGGCGCGCGUCGCGUUCCACAAAGCGAGCCGGAAGGAGCACCAGGCUCGGGGCAGGGAGAGUGGGGCGCGGGGGAACCCUGACAUCGCCAUCGAAAAACAGAAGAGAAUCCAGGAAGACAGAGAGAAGUGCACUCAGCAUACUGUGAAGGUUCUGGAGGAUGCAAGCCGCUACGCUCCUCGCUACAUGGAGGAGAUGGAGUCUGUGUUCGAGCAGAGCCAACAACUGGAGCAGAAGAGAAUCAGCUUCCUGAAGCAAGCCUUCCUGUCCAUCCACAGACACCUCGAUAUCACAAACAACGAAAGUAUCAGGACCGUUUACAAUGAGCUGCACCAGACCAUAAUGAGCAUCAGUGACCAUGAUGACCUGCGCUGGUGGAAGAACAGGGGCCCCUCCCGGCCACCCCUGGGCUGGGUCUCUUUUCCCGCCCCUUUCUUCACCUUUGUCCUCACACCCCCCCCCCCCCCCGAACAGGAGUGGAGCCCCGAAAAAGAGAAACAGAAGAAAAGGAGAGAGAAAAUCAAACAGACAAGAGCAGCGACUAAUGAGAGAGGGUGCAGCGGGACUGGGGUUCGAGUCAGAGCCCUGUAUGAUUAUAAUGGGCAGGAGCCUGACGAACUGACUCUGAAAGCAGGGCAGGAGUUCUUGAAGGUUGAAGAGGAGGAUGACCAGGGCUGGUGUCGAGGGAUCACAGAGACGGGGCUGCAGGGGCUGUACCCCGCAAACUACGCUGAGAUCACCUGAACUCCAAAACUGUGUGUGUGUGUGUGUGUGUGUGUGUGUGUGUGUGUGU